GGGAAACAGACACUGCUUGCAGCUGAGGCCUAAAGAAGAAUCAGGACAUCAAAUUGCUUAGUUCCUGAAUAUUCAAAAUGGUCAAGAAACUAAUAAUAGUGGCCCUUGCAGUGCUGCUGUUAGCAUGUGUUGCCACAUUUCUGGGAGUUUUCUUUGGUGUGAAGAAAGAAAAUGGUUACAGGAAGGCAGCUGUGGCAGCAGAUGCUGGACGCUGUUCAGAGGUGGGCAGGGACAUACUAAAGAAAGGGGGAUCUGCAGUGGAUGCCUCUAUUGCUGGGUUAUUAUGUGUUGGAUUAAUGAAUGCUCACAGUAUGGGCAUAGGAGGAGGCCUUUUCUUCACCAUCUAUAAUGCAACAACUGGGAAAGUUGAGGUCAUUGAUGCACGGGAGACCGCGCCACGCAAUGCAACAGAGAAUAUGUUUGGGAACAGUACAGAAUUAUCCCAGAAAGGAGGUUUGUCUAUUGCUGUCCCUGGAGAGAUUCGAGGCUAUGAGAUGGCCUACAAGCGACACGGCAAACUGCCCUGGAAAGACCUGUUUCAGCCAAGCAUCGAACUUGCUGAAAAAGGAUUUCCACUAGGCAGGGCUCUAGCGACGGCUAUUGCCAGACACAAGAAGACCAUCCUGAACGACACAGCCCUCUGCGAAGUGUUUUGUGGGAAAACCGGCGAUGUGUUAAAAGAAAAUGAAAUCAUUAGAUUCCCCAAACUGGCAGAAACGUAUAGGAGAAUAGCCGAGAAGGGGGCCGAGGAGUUUUAUACAGGACAACUGGCAGAGGAUCUUGUGAAAGACAUUCAGUCUGCAGGCGGCAUCAUCACAAAAGAGGAUCUGAGGGAUUAUGCGCCUAUCUUGGAUGAAAACCCUUUAAGGGUGAAUGUGGGGGAGUAUUCCAUGGUUGUUCCCAAUGCCCCCGCUAGCGGCCCUGUGCUAUCGCUGAUAUUAAACAUCCUGAAUGGGUACAACUUCAGUGCAGACAGUGUGGCGACCAAGGAGAAAAAGAUCCUGACCUUCCAUCGCAUUGUGGAGGCCUAUCGUUUCGCUUAUGCUAAGAGAUCUUUACUUGGAGAUCCAAAGUUUCUCCAGAUUGAUGAAUUGAUUCAGAACCUGACCUCCACUUCUUACGCUGAUAUGAUUCGGAAGAAGAUUACGGACAAUACCACACAUCCCAUGGAUUACUAUGAACCACAGUUUUACCUGCCUGAAAACCAUGGAACAUCCCACCUGUCCGUUGUAUCCGAGGAUGGGAGUGCUGUGGCUGCCACCAGCACCAUAAACCAAUAUUUGGGCUCAAAAGUCAUGUCAAGAUCUACAGGAAUUAUUCUUAACAAUGAGAUGGAUGACUUCAGCUCUCCAUACAUUACAAAUGGAUUUGGCGUUCCUCCUUCCCCGAGCAACUUCAUCAAGCCAGGGAAAAGGCCAAUGUCUUCCAUGUGUCCAACAAUCCUUUUUGACAAGAACAACAAUGUUAAGAUGGUGGUCGGAGGUUCAGGAGGAACAAAAAUCACUACUUCAAUAGCUCAGGUGAUUCUCAAUGCACUGUUCUUCGAUUUCGAUGUUGAUAAAGCCGUCAUAGACCCAAGGAUCCACAACCAGCUGAGUCCCAACAGCACUGUGGUGGAGCCGGACUUUGACAGAGAAGUGUUUGACGGUUUGGCAAAGAAGAACCAUGCGACAGAGUACCUCACAUCAACAGGAGCUGUGGUCCAGGCUGUGGUGCGUCAUGAAAACAGGCUGUACGCAAAGUCGGAUCCCCGUAAAUGGGCUUAUGCUGCCGGGUACUGAGACCAUAAAUCCUUCCCUGGUUAAAAAGUGUCGUUAGCUGCCUGAUCUUUGACACCUUUGCCUCAGCCUGGGAGAGCAGGAUCUCGAUAGAGGCGAACAACCACCAUUACCUGUCUGAGACAAUGCAUAUACGCUUUACAAAACAUAGUACUUCUAUUAAUUCUAAUCACUUCUGACUUUAAAGACCAGAACUUAUUUUAUUCUCAUUAACUUAUUUGUUGACCAUAUGUGAAACUUUAGCUUUGGUGAUUUUUAACCAAUGAAAUGUGAUACACAAACAGAAGAACCUGUAAAACAGACAUUACUUCACUAAUAAACCAGUGUUUUUAAAAUAUAUUUUCAAAAGUGUAUAUAAUCUCGUUAGCACUUCUGAGCUGUUAUGAAGCUGUUGUUGGUUGUUUAACAGAAUUAUAAGAGGAGUAACAAAGGGCACAGACUGUAAUACGUCAGGGACAAGCUGUUCCAGGGAAAAAAAAUAAUGACUCAAAAUAAUUUCCCAACACUCAGAGUGCAGCGACCUACAGUGACCUCAUCUCAUUAUAUUUGCUGCUGCUCCCUACAGCCGUAUCUUUUAUUGGCAGAACUGUGAAACAUCAGAAAGUGCUCCUAUCACUUUUAUUCUCUUUUUAAACCAUAAAGCUAUUUUACAAAACACUGUAGUGUGAGGAGCCUGUAGCAUGCCUAUUCACAGGGUAAUAUUUUCUUCUUAUGGGCCUAUACUGUCAUAGAAAUAUGUGGCAUGGAGGUCAAAAGUUUUCUGUUUUAUUGUCUUGUACAUUAAAUGCAUAGUGUUUUUUUUUAAAUGUAGUUCUGGGAAGUUAUUGCUGGUGAGCGUUCCCCUAUGUGUAAUAAAAAUGUCGAAUGGCCUUGAGUUUGUAAAGGAAUAUGUCCUCAGAGAGAUGAUAAGCUUUAGCUGAUUUCAGAACAACUCAGUUGGAAAUUUUUUUACGUCCGUGGGAUGAAACACUGUUUUAUUGGAUAUUAACCAUCUAAAUGUUCACUGUUAAGUCUGUCGCUGCUGUUUCAAAAUGUGAAACGUUGACAGAGACAGUCAGCUGUAUCAGUCACCCUGACAGUCAGAUCACUGGGAUUAUUUCCAAACAACUGAGGCCAGGGCCCCGUUCUUCGUACAUUGCUUAAAACAUCCGAGAUCAAAGGACACAUCCAAGAUGACUU